AUGACAUCCACCAACACUGCACCUACACCACCACCGUCAACAUCAGGGUCCUCCAUCUCCGCCGGUGAUGGCUUAAUCCACGUGCGAGUCCUCCCACCGUCAAAGCUUACACUACACCAAUUAAACUACAAAUAUCCACUGAAACUAAUCUCGCCUGCGCCGUCGCAAUGGGCAAAAUCGUUAACGGUGUUUGUGCUGAGUUAUGGUGGGGGACUUGUUUCUGGAGAUGAGGUGAAUUUGAGGGUUAUGGUUGAGAGUAAAGGACGGCUGUGUUUACAGACGCAGGGUAGCACCAAAAUCUUCAAACAAAAAGAUCCUUCAUCACCCCCCACAAUCCAGCGCAUGACGGUCCGCAUCCACCCUGGCGCUUCAUUCCUCCUUCUCCCAGACCCAGUCCAACCUUUCGCCGAAAGCAACUACGUCCAACAUCAAAUAUUCGAACUCGAAGAUACAACAAACGAUACUUCAUCCCUUGUCGUCCUAGAUUGGGUCACGGAAGGACGAACAGCUAGAGAUGAACACUGGAGUCUUAAAAGAUUUGAGAGUAGGAAUGAGUUUUUUGGGGUUAAGAAUAGUGAUGAUUACGGUGGUAGUGACGGUGAAAACGUAAGAGGGAGGUUAUUGUUACGAGACGCCAUGAUCCUCGACGGAGAACUGUUAUGCGGCGACGAAACAUUAAGAGAAAGACAGGAUUCUCAAACAAUAUUUGCUACUGCAGUAAUCCGUGGGAAGCCAUUUACGAGGUUAAUAGAGUAUAUCAAAACUAGAUAUGCGAAUGAACCACGGAUUGGUCAGAAGAGGUGGGAUACGGAUGAUGAUUCGAGGAGACACAAUAGAAUUGAAGUUGAAGCGAGGAAUAAUGGAGUUCUGUGGGCGGCGUCGUCGGUUAGAGGGUUUCUGUUAGUGAAAGUUAGUGGAGUGGAGAUGGAAGGGGUGAAGAGGUUUGUUAGAGGUUUGUUAAGUGAAGUGAACGAGGAGGGGGUGCCGAGAGAAGAUGGUUGCAUAACAGAGGAGUUUGGGACGGGGAUGUUUCGGUGUUUGGAGUAG